GUGAGUGUGUCUGUGGGGGAGUUGCACAACAGCAGCAGGAGGGACCAGUGUAACUGUGUGAAGGGUUUGCAGUGAGCAGCAGGACAGAGGUGCCUCGUCUACAGGAGGGCACAGUGUGCUACAAUGGAGGCUCAGAACAUCAAGCAGCCCGCCUGGGACAACCACAACAAUCUGUACAAAGCCCCUGGUCAGGAGGGGCAGAGAGGCGGGCCCAGCUGUACGUACUGCUGCACUCUGGCCAACCUGCGGAUUGAGAAGAAGAUCGGCCGGGGCCAGUUCAGUGAGGUGUACAAAGCCACGUACCUGCUGGAGGGACAGCUGGUCGCACUCAAGAAAGUCCAGAUCUUUGAGAUGAUGGAUGCCAAGGCUCGCCAGGACUGCAUCAAAGAGAUAGAUCUACUUAAGCAGCUCAAUCACCCCAACGUGAUCAAAUACCUCGACUCCUUCAUCGAAGACAACGAGCUCAACAUCGUUCUGGAGCUGGCGGACGCUGGAGAUCUGUCACAGAUGAUAAAGUACUUCAAGAAGAAGAGGCGCCUGAUCCCAGAGAGGACCAUAUGGAAAUAUUUUGUGCAGCUGUGCAGCGCCCUGGAGCACAUGCACUCACGCAGAGUCAUGCACCGAGAUAUCAAGCCAGCCAACGUGUUCAUAACAGCCACAGGCGAGGUGAAGUUGGGGGACCUGGGAUUAGGCCGCUUCUUCAGCUCUAAAACCACCGCAGCACACUCCUUAGUGGGGACGCCGUACUACAUGUCACCAGAGAGGAUCCAUGCGAACGGAUACAAUUUUAAGUCUGAUAUCUGGUCCCUGGGAUGUCUUCUGUACGAGAUGGCGGCGUUGCAGAGUCCAUUUUAUGGGGACAAGAUGAACCUGCUGUCCCUCUGCCAGAAGAUCGAGCAGUGUGAUUACUCCCCCCUCCCAGCUGACCAUUACUCUGACAAGCUGCGGGGCCUGGUCGGCAUGUGCAUCAACCCAGAGCCAGACCAGCGGCCGGACAUCGUCUUCGUGCUGCAGGUCGCCAAACAGAUGCACACGUGGACGUCCAGCACCUGAGCGCAAUGUCUGCUCAGCCUGAGCUCGGCUCACACAAGACGCUUUGCCUUCCCCUCCUCUGGACAGGAGGAAGCCCUGCAAAGACAUGCACUGCCACUAAUCUCUGUCAUGGACGAUGAAGAGUUGUGUUGGUGCUGUAGCUCUCGUGGAAAGUGGAGCUUCAUGUUUCAAGAGCUGAGGACGGAGAGCGGUGUCUCACUCUGACCACAGAUCCUCUCUGCCCAUUCAUUCCACGCUCCGGCCCUGUGUCCGUGGGCCGGGGAGAUUGAGAAUCUGAAUAUCUAGCAUUGAUUAUUGUAAUCAAAAUUGUUCUUUUACAUUUUCAAUUCAAGUCCAUCGAGUAGAGAAGUACUAGUAGAGUACUGAAUGAGAAUGCAGUUUAACUCACUGUCAUCUUGCAGGGGAGAUCAGCCCCACAAACUGAUGUGAACACAGAGACGACACAAACAGGUGGACAAGUGAAGACAUGCAGGGCGGGGCUACAGGGACACAGAAGGGACACGCAUGGCCAGCACAGAAACUAGACUAACAAUAGACGGAAUAAUCUUAAUCCAAGGUCUUCUCCCAACAGUUUUCCAGAGCUGUCAGCCACAUGUCGUGGUCUUCUUUUGAGGAGGACUUGUCUUAGUCCUUCUCAUGGAAGACUCAAACUGGGCCAACCUUUGGACUCUUAGCUCACUGUCUUGAAUUUGUUAUGAUUUUUAUAGCGCCUCAAUACUUUUGCAUAUAAAUUUCCGAGUUUUUUUCCCCUACCCCCAGUAUAAAUUAAGUUUGUCCAAUGAUUGAUGAAGCAAGAUUUCUUUGAUUCCCAGUUUUGGAGGACUACUUUCUUAGCGAGUCAGCUAGAGAAUUGAGCAGUAGUGUCCUGAAUGUUAUAUAUAUAUAUAUAUAUGUGUAUAUAUAUAUAUAUAUUAAAAAAACAGUAAACUGAAAAAGAAAAUUGCAGAAAAAAAUAAUUGAAAAAAGUGGCAGGAAAAUGAUUAAGCGUCUUCCUUUGUUGUUGUAAGUAAAGGUGCUGACCUGGGGUCUUCUCGUAGUGUUACUUCCUGAUUGAAGUGGUAUCCAUUAACCGUUGGUGUUUGGCCAGGUGGCUCAUGUAUUGGCCAAUAAGAUCACGUAGUGUCUUUUUGAAUUGCAUCAAUGUGUCUUAUGCAGAGAACUGUUCAGUGCAUUUAAAAAGUUCCAUUUGGACUUACACAGUGUGUACUAGGGUAGCCACCUGUCCCAGUUUUACCAGGAUUGGGAAAUGUAUCCAGUCUCCUGGGACACUGAAUGUCCCGGUUUUCACAAGGCUAUGUGAAUAUGUAUGUGUCCUAUGCGCCUAUGCGUCAUCAUCCCCCAGGGUAGCAAGCCUUUUCAUCCCCAUAACCAUCAGAAAAAUAAACACAUAGUACAUUCAAGAUUGACAAUCAGAGCUGUCAACAUUUCCAUUAACCGUUAGACCUAUUAUUAUUAUAAUAGUAUUAGACCUGCUCUCGCUGCCCCCUGCUGGCUUCUUGCCGUGUGUGUGUGUGUGUGUGUG